AGGACUAACAGGAGAAAACCUAAAUACAUUAAAAUCUCUCGAACUCUCGCACGACUAACCCCAUGAGAGUUUCAGAACUUCCGGAUCUCGUCACUUUUGCUUUAGCGAUACUGUCGGAUCCUACUAGAACCCGUUCAUUUCAUCUGCCGUAAUGGGAGCUGAAAUGACUGCGAAUUUCGAUAUCAGCAAUUGGUUAUCUUCAUUGGCUUAUGAUCAAUGGGAAGCACUUCCAGUUCCUGGGUCACGCCCAUCGGCUCGUUACAAGCAUGCAGCUGAAGUUGCUGAUGGGAAACUAUAUAUUACUGGAGGAAGUCGCAAUGGACGAUAUCUUUCUGAUAUUCAGGUACUUGAUCUUAGAUCUUUGGUGUGGUCGAAACUGAAAAUACACAUGGAUCAAGUCUCUGAUCAACUGGUUGACAACAGUGUUCGGGAAGCCCUACCUGCCACAUCAGGUCACAGCCUGGUCAAGUGGGGAAGCAGGCUUCUUCUUCUAGGUGGACAUUCAAAAGAGUUAUCCGAAGUCGUAACUGUCCGGUCAAUUGACCCGGAGACCCUCAAUUGUUGCAUCAUGAAGACUUCAGGAAAAGAACCGAUUGCUCGUGGAGGGCAAUCUGUAACACUAGUUGGUUCUACAUUGAUAAUGUUUGGUGGAGAAGACAGUAGCAGGCGUUUACUAAAUGAUAUCCAUAUUCUUGACCUGGAAACUAUGACUUGGGAUGUAGCGGAGACAUCUCAGACACCUCCAUCUCCGAGAUUCGACCACACAGCAGCCAUACAUGCAAAUCGAUACCUUCUAAUUUUUGGUGGCUGUUCUCACUCGGCGUGUUUCAGUGAUCUACACAUAUUGGAUUUACAUACUUUGGAAUGGUCCCAACCACACAUUGAGGGUGAUCUCGUGACUCCUAGGGCAGGUCAUGCUGGUAUCACCAUAAAUGAGGAUUGGUACCUAGUCGGUGGUGGAGAUAAUAGAAGUGGUGUUUCGGAUACCCUCAUGCUAAACAUGUCGAAGCUUGUAUGGUCAGUGGUUACAAGUGUAGAGGAACGGGAUCCACUUGCGAGCGAGGGGCUGACUGUUUGCUCUGAAAUAGUAAAUGGAGAGAAAGUUCUGGUUGCCUUUGGAGGAUACUACGGGAAAUAUAACAAUGAGGUGUAUGUCUUGAGAACCAAACCCAAAGAUUUAUCAAGGCCUAGGAUUUUUCAAUCACCUGCAGCAGCUGCAGCAGCAGCUUCUGUUACUGCUGCAUAUGCUUUGACUAGUAGUGGCGAAAGGAAGAUCGAUAUCAGAAAAAAAGAAGAUGCAAGUUUCCAAGAAACGGAAGUUGAAACGUCGCCGCAAGAUUUCACAGUUGGGUUUAACCUAAUUGCAGCAGAAAAAAUGACGUUAGAGUCUUCACUAACAGAAAUAAGAACACAGAACUAUAAGUUCAAGGAUGAUCUUGCUGAGAUUAACAAUACUUAUGAAGAUUUAUCCAAGGAACUACUCUCCGUUAAAGGUCAACUAGAAGCUGAAACAUCAAGAUGUGUCAAUCUGGAGGCCCAAAUUUCAGAACUGCAAAAUAGGCUGGAGCCAUUGCAUUCGAUAGAGGAUGAGUUGCAAGUGUUAAGGAACCAGAAAUCUGCCUUUGAGCGAGAUAUGGAGUUCACUACCGAGGGGACAAUGCAGAAACAAAAUUCCGGUGGAGUUUGGCAGUGGAUUGCAGGAGCUCCACGCAGCUCAUAAAGUACUAGGAUUCAAAGCUUGAAAUGAGGAGUUGUGCAAUAUUCUAUAGCACCCAGGCCCAGCAAAAUUUUCCUGCUGGCAAAAUUAUAUAUGCUUAAAACUUGACAUCAUUUGGAAAAAAAUACUAGGUCACAGUAUAGAAGAUAAGAAAAUAUGUGUUGAAAUAUAAAACACUGCGAUUCUUCAGCAAGUUUCAGAUGUUGUAGGAAGAAUUAUACGAGUUUUGUUGUGCCAUUUUAUAUACUUGCUUGUUGGAAGUUUACCUGUAGUAAAUUUAUCACAUGUCAAAGCUAUUGAUUUCAUUAUUUUUUUCUUCUCCUGUUCAAACUUGUUGUAUCUCGAUUUGGAUAAAUUAUAAAUUUGCUCCUCUCCUUUUAUA